AUGUCUUUCAGAGACUUGCAAAAUUUCACAGAAAUGAUGAGAGCUUUGGGCUUUCCUCGCUUGAUAUCUGUGGAAAACUUCAGAACGCCAAACUUUACGCUCGUGGCAGAAAUCCUAAUAUGGCUUGCUAAAUGUUAUGAACCCCAGAUGGAAAUUCCGACUGAGACGAACACAGAGUCAGACAGAAUAUUCCUCAUCAAGACUGUGGCUCAGUUCAUGGCAACGAAAGCUCACAUCAAGAUGAACACCAAGCGUCUUUACCAGGCUGAUGGUUAUGCAGUGAAAGAGAUGUUAAAGAUCACCACGGUGCUGUACAAUGCAAUGAAGACCAAGCAAAUGACCCUGGGGGACAGAGUGGAGGAGGACACCAAGUUCAAGUUUGAACUGGGCACUCGAAUUUCAGAUCUGAAAGCAGCUCGGCAACUGGCAUCGGAGGCCACUUCAAAAGGAGCAUCUUUGUACGAUUUGUUAGGAAAGGAGGUAGACCUAAGGAAAUUGAGAACUGCUGCCAUUGCAAGACCUCUGGAGAUCAAUGAGACAGAAAAGGCCUUGAGACAUGCCAUCAAGGAGGUCUUGGAGAGUGUGGAGAAGACUAAAAUCAUGAUGAGGAAUGUUGUUUCUGAUGUUGCCAGUCUGGAUGCCAAGAAAGAAAAGAAACAUUGGCAGCUGGAAAUGAAUCAGAGGAGACUCCAAACUCUGCAAAGUGUCAGGCCAUUGUUCAUGGAUGAAUAUGAGAAGAUCGAGGAGAAGCUGGAGGAGCAGUACAAGUUGCAAGUGGAAAACUUUGCAAACUUUUAUUUCCUUGAGUGGCAGCAGGAAAAACAUAUCAGACAAGAGAAGAUGAUUGAGGAGGAAAACAAUCGAAAGAGGAUGAUGCAGCAAAUGAAGGAGAAUUAUGAGGAUUGUAUGAGUUCAUUUAAUGAAGAGGACACGCUUGAUGACAAAGGCCUCGAUGGAGACAUUGAUGAGUGUCAAACUUCUAAUCCACGGCUCACUCUAAAUGACAUUGUGGCAGGAACAGGCAUUGGGAAGAUGCUGAGUGGUGACAGUGAUGAGUCAGAGGAGAGCGAAAGAGAUGAAGAUGAAGAAGAUGAGGGCCUGGGAUUGGAUGGCUUUUUAGGGAGCCCAGAGGCAAGGGUGUCCUGCGCUUCCAGGGGAGCCAUGAAACGCCCUCUGAUGGAUAAGAGUGAUGAUGACUUUUAAAAUUCAGCUCAAACCAUAGAAGUCAGACUGAUUGUUGGUAUACUCUUAAUAGGAGACAGUAUUUGCAUGAAGAAUACCACUUUUAAUUUAGUGGAGUCCCUGUUAUAUCAAUGUUAACAUACCCUGAAAGAGCAUUGACGGUCCUCCUUUCAAAUUCACUCCGGGUAAACAUUGCCAGAGGUUGGAAGUAACGAAGUACUUCAUUACUGUACUUAAAGGUCCCAUAUUUUGGCUGUUUAGACC